UCUACGACUGGAGUUCACUCUUUUUCUCGGAAAAUAUUCUCUUUUUUUCUUGCUCCAUUUUCUUUCACUUUCUGGGGGGGGGGGAAAUGUAUCAGGGUAAGUGCCAGAAAAUUCGUCAGAUCGUCAGGAUCCGACAAAUGCUCAAGCAGUGGCGAAGGAAUGCCCGGAUAACAGCCGACAGAAACAACGGUAAUAACGAACGCGCGCCGUCCGAUGUUCCAUCCGGACACGUGGCGGUCGUCGUGGGCGUCAGUAUGAGGAGAUUUAUCGUACGCGCGACGUACCUUAACCACCCCAUGUUCAGAAACCUCCUCGUACAAACGGAAGAGGAGUACGGUUUCAACAACGACGGACCGUUAACGAUUCCAUGCGACGAGUCGUUCUUCGAGGAGAUUCUCCGAGUCGUAUCCGGACCCGACUCAUCGUCAACCUCGGGCCGUUUCUCCAAAUUCGAGGUUCUACAGAGAUACUGCCACGUCGGCAUGAAGAACAAACUCGGGGUUUUCAGUGAAUCCCGACCGUUGCUUCAUGGGGCCGCCGAUAAAUCAGUCUACUGACAGCUAAAGCAAG